AUGGGCAUCUCGUGGAGUAAAAGGCAUCGCCUCCACCAGCCCCACCAGAACCAAGUUAAUCACCGCCAACAACCCGUCACUCCAUCCUCAUCUUAUGGCCCUUCUCUUCUGGUCGCCCCUCUCGAACCAACUCCACCUCCUCCACCGCCGCCGUCUACAUCAGUACCCCAUACUUUCCGACCACAAACACCAGGCCAACCCCCUGAACCACCAAGCUAUUCAUUCGCAGCCAACGCCCCUUAUCAUGCACCCUCUUCACCACCACAACACUUCCCCACUGUGCAGAUCCCUCCCCGUCCUCCACCGCCUCCUCCUCCUUAUAUUCCUAAUUACAGCUAUAAUAACAACUACUCUAAUUACUAUUCUAGGCCGGUGAAUAUCAUGGGUCAAUACUCCAACUACCGUCCGUAUUUGACCCCCCCAAUGAGGUGGGGCCCAAUCCCUCCGCCGCCGCCACUACCUCCAGUGCCUUACGUUGAUCACCAGAGUGCCAAGAAGAUCAAGAAUGAUGUGAAUAUUCACAAGGACACCAUCAUGCUUCAAGCAGACGUGCUGAACCAAGAUUACCAAUUGGUAACCUUCACGUUCGACGCCUUGGUUGAUGGAAGUAUCACUAUCUUCUAUUUCGGCAAGGAGGGGGUCAACUGUACAUUCACUCCAGUGUAUCCUGAGAUUGCGCCUGUAAAAAUUCCAUUUCAAAAAGGAGUGAGCCAGAAAUUCUGCCAGCCUUCUGGAACUGGUGUCGAUCUAGGCUUCUUCGACAUUGAUGACUUGUCAAAGCCUUCCCCAGGAGAGGACAUUUACCCACUUGUUAUAUCAGCCGAGUCGCAUGUGCCAACCACCCCUAUGGAUGAACAGCCAUAUGAGGAAGUGGUGAAUACAUCUCCCAAUGCACAAAUCACUCAGGCUGUCUUAGAAAAGAAAGACGAAGGAAAUUUUCAAGUAAAAAUUAUCAAGCAAAUUUUGUGGACUGAUGGUGUUCGUUAUGAACUGCGUGAGAUUUAUGGCAUCAGCAGUCCAGAUGAAACAGCAAUCAGUGACGUGGACUCGGGAAAAGAAUGUGUCAUUUGCAUGACUGAGGAAAAGAAUACGGCUGUUUUGCCCUGUAGACAUAUGUGUAUGUGUAGCGAUUGUGCCAAGGAGUUGAGGCUUCAAUCGAACAAGUGUCCUAUAUGUCGCCAGCCCAUUCAGGAGCUUCUAGAGAUCAAACUUGAUGAAGAAGCUGAGACCUAG